UUUCAGUCCAAUCAGGGAAAAUUUUUAGGUGGAGACUGAACCUUCUAUGAUACUUACAAGUAUUUGAAUUAAGUUGCUAACUAAGAAUUCCCGAGAUAAUGCAAUUUAAGCCAGAAGUAAAGGAACACAACUGAACGCGUCAUAUUUUGAAUUCGCAAAAAGCGUGAAAUCGCGUUGAAAAGAGUCAUCAAAUAGCACAAACACCACAUCUACACUGCAACACAAGUUGCUAGGAUGAAUACAGGCCCUUCCUUAAAACCGAAUACUGAGAACUGAAAACAAAAGCCGCUAAUUGUAAACAGUGAAGGUCAUCUUCGCUGCGUUGACAAAUGAGUCCGCUUUGUUACCUUUUUGUAGUAUCUGCUUCUGUACUCCUUACUUUAGGAGAUGCAGAGAUGUUUGGGGCACCCAGAAAACUGCAACCGAACGAGGCGACCAUAGAAAAAUUUAAUCGUGAGUUGGUCAAGGUAGCCCAUAAAUUCAACUCCGAGCAUGGAAACAACAGUCUUCAUAUCAUAACUAAGUUGGUAAACGUGACUUCCCAGGUGAGGUUUUGUCUUUACAAGUUACCAUUUUUACAGGUCGUUCAGGGGAUUUUAUAUACAUUUUACGUUAAGUUUUCCCCUACAUCGUGCACAACUUUUGCCUAUGACAACACUCAUGUUUUGGGCGACAUUUUUCUUAAUCAGAAUUCUUGUGACGUAACUGGUGGAGAGAGUAAGAUUUGCAAGGUCACUGUAUGGCAAAGACCAUGGCUCCGAUCUGAUGCUUCUGAGAUAAUUAAAAUAGUUAAUUGUUCUACGGAUAAGAUCUGAUCUGCUCUCGUUCUAUGCUAUGCCAUAAAUUCAUGUAAUGGUGGGGAUUUAGAUUUUAACAUUUGAUUAUUCGUAUAUAGCAAAGUUUGCUUCAUUCGCCUUGCGUGUAUUUGAUCCAUUAGUUAAUUAGAUUUGAAUUUCACGGAAAUAACCUGACUUCAUACUCUUCAUUUCUGGCGAUUCAUUAUUGAACCUAAUAGUCGCAUUUGAUUUUGUUUGCAGUAAUAUAUUCUAGUAAAGUAAAUAUGAUUUCAUGAGGCUAAUAUUUUUCCGGCAGUUUACUUCUAAUUUCAUAUUUGGGGACUACUGACAAACAAUCAUUAUCUCUGGCAUUUAAAAACUAUUCUUAUUAGUUUCUUUUAGCUGCUCUUAUAACUUAUUCAUACAUGGGAUUUCAUUUUAAUUUCGGUGUUAUAAUUGUUUUACGUGUUUUAAACCGUGAAAACUUGUUAAUACUGAAUGAUAAACUUAAAACUAGAUUUUGCCGUGCUUCAUUUGUGUUCGGUCAAUAAAGGUUUUUUCAUAUUCAAAUGUUGUAAGUUGGUUUUAAUUUUGUUUGUCUUUUUAGUUCGGUGUGUAAUCAGAGCUUAUAUUUUAUUUUCAAUAGAAAUAAUAGGCGUAGGAAAUCUACGUCAUAAUCUUAAGAGACAUGUAUAUUCACUAAAUCUACUUUUACAUUCACCCUCAAAUUCAAAACUUACACAACUUUGUGUUCUUUUGAUCUUCCUGAUGUAUUGUGCAGGUUAUAUAAACGAGAUGAAAAAUGACUCAUCCUGUCUUAUACUGCUUGUCACUACUAUUCCAUAUGUUUUAAUCACUCCUUUUAGAUUCAUUUCUACUGAACAUCAUUUUCGAAAAUAUUAGCUUAUAAAGACCAGA